GGAGGGAGUGGAAUGGACGCGGGGGCCUCGGCGCGGCAGAGGCGGCGCGGGAUGGCGGCGGCGACCUCAGGAGCUGGUCGCUGUCGGCUGAGCAAGAUUGGGGCUGGCCGCCGCCCACCUCCAGCCCGCGUAAGGGUGGCUGUGCGCCUGCGUCCCUUCGUGGAUGGAGCAGCGACAGCGAGUGAGCCCCCUUGCGUCCGGGGCAUAGACAGCUGCUCCCUCGAGGUUGCCAACUGGAGGAACUACCAGGAGACUCUGAAAUACCAGUUUGAUGCUUUCUAUGGGGACCGGAGCUCUCAGCAGGACGUCUACGCAGGUUCUGUGCAGCCCAUCCUGAGGCACCUGCUGGAAGGGCAGAAUGCCAGCGUGCUCGCCUAUGGGCCCACUGGGGCAGGAAAGACACACACAAUGCUGGGCAGCCCGGAGCAGCCUGGAGUGAUCCCCCGGGCUCUCAUGGACCUCCUGCAGCUCACGAGGGAGGAGGGAGCCGAGGGCCGGCCCUGGGCCCUCUCUGUCACCAUGUCCUACUUAGAGAUAUACCAGGAAAAGGUAUUGGACCUCCUAGACCCUGCAUCCGGGGACUUGGUGAUCCGAGAAGACUGCCGGGGAAACAUCCUGAUUCCGGGCCUCACGCAGAAGCCCAUCACUAGCUUUGCUGACUUUGAGCAGCACUUCCUGCCAGCCAGUCGAAAUCGGACGGUAGGAGCCACCCGGCUGAACCAGCGCUCCUCGCGCAGUCACGCCGUGCUGCUGGUCAAGGUGGAGCAGCGGGAGCGCCUGGCCCCGUUUCGCCAGCGAGAGGGAAAACUCUACCUGAUUGACUUGGCUGGCUCAGAGGACAACCGGCGCACGGGCAACCAGGGCCUUCGGCUCAAAGAGAGCGGAGCCAUCAAUACCUCUCUCUUCGUCCUGGGCAAGGUGGUCGAUGCACUGAACCAGGGCCUUCCUCGUGUGCCCUACCGGGACAGCAAGCUCACUCGCCUGUUGCAGGACUCCCUGGGUGGCUCAGCCCACAGCAUCCUCAUUGCCAACAUUGCCCCCGAAAGACGCUUCUACCUAGACACGGUCUCCGCACUCAACUUUGCGGCCAGGUCCAAGGAAAUCAUCAACCGGCCUUUCACCAACGAGAGCCUGCAGCUUCACGCCUUGGCACCUGUUAAACUGUCUCAGAAAGAACUGCUAGGCCCCUCAGAGGCCAAGAGAGCCCGGGGCCCUGAAGAAGAUGAACUCGAAAGCCCUGAGCCCACAGCAGCUCCGGCCUCUGCCUCCCAGAAACUCAGCCCCCUGCAGAAGCUGAGCAGCAUGGACCCCGCCAUGCUGGAGCGCCUCCUGAGCUUGGACCGUCUGCUGGGCUCCCAGGGGAGCCAGGGGACCCCUCUGCUGAGCACCCCAAGGCGAGAGAGGAUGGUGCUUAUGAAGACAGUGGAAGAGAAGGACUUGGAAAUCAAGAGGCUUAAGAUGAAGCAGAAAGAACUGGAGGCGAAAGUGCAGGCCCAGGAGGCUGUGGACCCCAAGGAGAAAGAGAAUUACUCCCCCACCCUGCUCCGUCCCCUUCCCCGCCGCACUGGCACGGUCGCAAAGCCCCUGAAAAAGGCUGUGGUGAUGCCCCUGCAACUGAUUCAGGAGCAGGCAGCCUCCCCAAACACGGAAAUCCACGUUCUGAAGAAGAGAGGCCGGAAGAGAAAGCCCGAGCCCCUGGAUGCCUCGGAGCCCGAGGAGAAGGCGGAGGACGGCUGGGAGCUGCAGAUCAGCCCCGAGCUGCUGGCCCGCGGCCGCCAGAAAAUCCUGGAUCUGCUCAACGCAGGCUCGGCCCGGGAUCUGCGCGGCCUGCAGCGCAUCGGGCAGAAGAAGGCCCAGCUCAUCGUGGGCUGGAGGGAGCUCCACGGCCCCUUCAGCCAGGUGGAGGACCUGGAGCGCGUGGAAGGCAUCUCCGGGAAGCAGAUGGAGUCGUUCCUCAAGGCCAACAUCCUGGGCCUCGCCGCCGGCCAGCGCUGCGGCCCCUGCUGACCGCCGUCGCCGCCCCUCCCCUCUUCAAUCCGUGUAUAACCGAGUGUUGUGUAAAUACAGUUGUUACU